CUUCUUUAUUUACCGUUUGUUUAUUCUCCUGUUUUCUUUUCAUCUGAUAUAAGUUCAACAUCUUCACUUUCGCUGAUUAUCCGUUUCCUUAUCCUACUGUCGGUUACUGCAUGCAAAAUGUCUACGUCUUCGCAGUUCAAUGAACGUCCACAGCCGCUCGUUACGGCGGCAUUGAGCGCCGGCGCUCUCGUACUCGGUAUUCCCGUCGCCGCUGCCGCGCUUGUCUUCGAGAAGACCGAUAUGCCCAAUCCUGUUCUCGGCACCAAAGAAAUCAAGACUGCGCCUGGCGAGACCGCGACAAUCACGUUCAACCUCCUUUCUGGCCCGCAAGAUGCGGUCAUGGCCGGGGGUUACAUCUCUAUCAUAGCAUCCAUUCUCUUGGUGGCUGGCAUUGUCAUUUCGCGCCAUGUGUCUAGGCAUAACAUAUGGGGAUGGGCAGUCAUCGGCCCGGCAUUGCUCGACCUUCUCGGCCAGAUUGGCAUCCUCGCAUAUGUCAACAUAGUCAAAAGCCAGAAUCCCGAAGCGAAGAGUGCGGACGAGGUCACGUUUGCCAAUGGCAAGUAUGACACACAAGGAAAGUUGUAUACGCGUGAAGCUUGGGCUUGCAUGAUGGACAAAUUCUAUCCCGACCGUGAGACCUGGGCAGAGAAGGCUUGCUCGGAUUUGAAAAUUGGCGCUCUCAUGCCCAUUCCCCUCGCUAUCUGCGGGGCUGCGAUGGUAGGACUCGCGUCGUUCAUGAUUUGGCGAAGAGGCGGCUUUGGAUGGUUGAUCGGAAGGCGCAAGAAUGUUCUUGCUUAUUCAAACCAGAAGACUGGUGACUACAUCGACCUCCAGCCUACCGAUUAGACGUCUUAUGAGCUGGUCUCGAAAGUCAGAACCGUAUGUUGGAGUAUAGGAUUACUGUGUGCUUGUACGAUAUGAUCUAUUGGCACAGACGUUUACGAGAAUAGCUUGGAAUUUGGUUGCAGGCAAGAGUCUCGCGAUUGCCAUCUUGUUAUACCCGGUCAGAUACAAAUUAUAUAUGAAGUCUUUAAGGUUGGGGAUAAUUGUGUAGGCACAGGUGCUUUCAAGGACAGUGCUCUU